GUUGUCAUGGUCAUGUUGGCUGUCAUCAUGCUUAAUUGCUUAUCCAUUGCCUGAAAAUCAUCGUCAAUCAUCGGGGCUUCUUAAAAAUUGGAUCUGUGGCGGUGUCGAUUUCGAUCCCUUUUACAGAUCGGACCCAACCAUGAGCUCUAGUUGUCUUCCGGAAUUAUUAACCCGAGUCAACUUUCCCUUGUACAAUGUGGGCGUGCUCUCUCCUCGUCAUAUCAUUGUCGGAGGAGGCGGCGUCAAAAAUGGAUUUGAAAUCUUUGAGCUAUCCCAUAAUGGGCGGAACACGGAGGCUGAGUCGGUGUGUCGUCAUGAAACGGGAGAGUUUGCCGUCAUGAAUUUGACCACGGGGCGUUACAAGGAGGCGGAUCAAUCCAAUGUAGUGGCCGUGGGACAAGAUGACAAAUGCCAGACUUUCAGAGUGCAAAUGACCCGGCAAAAAAUUAGUCAACCCAAUGGAGCCACAAAGCAAAAUGGGCCUCAAUCCAGCGUCCAAACUCGGCUCAUAUUCAAAGUGACCGCGCUCAAGUCCGUGCAAACUGAUUUUAAUAUGCCGGAGCCAUACCAAAAAGUAUGUCGUAUUAGUCCGGAUGGUUCGCUCCUGGCUACGGGCGGAGAUGAUGGUUUCCUUCGAAUUUGGACUUUUCCCGAUUUGUUCCGCGCCCAUGAGGUGGAAGCUCAUGAAAAAGAGAUCGACGACCUCGAUUUCAGCCCUGAUAAUGCGAAGAUCCUGACUGUGAGUAAAGACCGCUCGGCCACGGUUUGGGAUGCACGCAAGGGCAAGAAACAUGCUGUGUUGGGUUGGGAUCCUCCGGGUAGUGCCAAGUACAUGUUUAAGCGGGCCCGAUUUGCCAGGGUCGAAGGCAGCAACAAGAACUACAAGAUAUUCAGUAUCAGCAACCCCGUGGGCGCCUCAAAACCGCCCUCUUACCUUCAACGCUUCGACGGCAAGACCUGUCUGAUGGAGCAAUUGGUGUCCUUCAGUGGUAGUCUAAGCGCGUUGGCUGUGAGCGAUAACGGCCAUUAUGUGGCCACUGGCUCCAUGUUUGACGGAACCAUCGAAAUCUUUGUGGCCUUCAAUCUCCAGCGGUUGAAGCGAGUAGAGAAAGCUCAUUCUACAUUCGUCACCGGCUUGGAAUUUCUGCCAAGUGGUGAGAGCUCAGAUGUGAUUCGAGGAUUCAAUGAUUGCUCGGUGGUGAGCAUCUCUGUGGACCAUCAGAUCUGUAUUCACCAUGUUCCUCAAAUGAGAAAAAUGUCCAUGGUUUUGGCGUUCUUCAUCAUGGCAGGCAUUCUCAUUUGUGUCUUCAUUCUAUGCAGUUACCUGGGUCUGUGAAAAACACCGCCACUUUUGCAUUUAUUCCAGAAAGAAACGUUUUUCACACUUGCCAUACAUAAUGAAAUGUCAUGUCGCCGUUACGUUGUUAUCUUACAUUAUUCCCCGCUCUCCUUCUCUCCUUUCUUCUCAAACCCUACAUUUUUGAAUUUUAUCUCUCACCAAUUGGCACCACAAAAUAAAUAUGUUUUCAGCCAUAGA